AUGGCCCCCUCAGCUUUUCAUCACUUUCCACAGCUCCCCUAUGAGCUCCGCCUACAAAUCUGGGAGUCAGCAAUUCGGAAAAUGCGUACGUUGAAUUUCGACUCUUCAAGGUGGGACUCAGCUACCUCUGACAUGGCAAACUGCUAUUCAGAAAUUGGCCAAAAGACGUUCAAAGGCAUAAACUACGUCACGCUCAGCCCGGGGGGAGGUUGGAACCCUCUGGAAUUUAGCUGGGAAAAGCCCCAUCCCGCUAAUCGAUCCGCCUAUCUUUGGCAUGCCGGUCUUUGGAUGGCCUGCAAGGAAUCCCGUGAGGUCAUGCAGAAAUGUUGGUUUGGCCACCCCUGCGGCGAAUACGAUCAAAAAGAGGUGGAUGAGCAGGUGAACGCCGGUCUUAGAAAGUUGUUCUAUGGGGGCAGAAAGGGCCCGCGCGUGAUUUGGAAUGGGCGUCGUGAAGACGAGGGCUUAUUUUCGCCCUGGCUCAUGGCCGCAUCCCUCGAUGAUAUGUUUUGCAUCAAUCCAAGCCGCUGGUCAACUCUAGACGAGUUCAAACUCGCAUGUUGGAGAAACAAUACGGACUAUGCUGUGGAGUUUGACCCGUAUUGGACCUCCGAACUGUUGGGUCUCGAGAAAUAUCGACCUACUCAUUCUUCAUCACCCACCUUGAUCCUCGUCAUCAAGAUCUUUUGCGGAAUAGCAACCAUGAACCCCCGACUGCCACCAGUAAUCCAUAUCAUGGACCGGUAUUCCGGCUGGAAGAAAGUCAGUCCCGAAAGCCCCCCAGUUUUUCAUGAUUGCGAGCACGAAUACAUUCUGAUCGACCCGAGCGACCCUCUUGCUUCGAAUCGUCUUGCAUGCCAAGCUCCUGUUCUGAGGUUCUUGGACCAGGUUGAUCGACUACUCAAGAGUAGGUUGACCCAUGAACGCAAAAGCUCCCAUUUUGAUUUCGGUGCAUCCAAAGUUCUUCCUGAGGGACUGUCUGUUCGGAAGUUGGUACGCGUUAUGGUCCGGCGUGAUAAAGAGAUGGUGCUCGAGGCCAUAAAAGGCAAGGCCAUGAGGGCAAAGGUGGACCGCCUAGCCUCGGUAGCUUCUUCAAAUGGGAAAGCAGCAGGGCAAAAGCCGGCUGUACGAUGA